AUGAGAAGGUAAUACCUUAGAUUUUUUUUCACUUUGAGUACAUCCUAAAAAUUCAUUCAUUAGAUGAGAAUUCCAAAUUAUUAAUUUUCUCAAACCACAUAAGCAAAUGAUUAUAGAGAAAUUUUAAAUUAACUUAACUAAUUACAUAAAGGAAAAUAAAUAGAUUAUAAAUGUAAAUGAUUAAUUUAAUUUGAAAGAGAUUUCAAGUUUAAUAUAACAAUUAAAGCCAUAUUUGCCUUAAUUUGAAAAUUAAGAAAUUAGAGAAUUGGUAUCCAUUAGCUUUGCUUAAUAAAUAAAUGAUGAAAAUUAUGCAUAAAAAGUAUUUGAUAGAACAACCUAAUUAUAUUUAGAAUAGUAAUAUUAUUAAUAAUAUAAAUAAAUUAGACAUGCCUCCUUGACAGAAACAUUAGACAUAUUAUCAUUAUUGGUUUCAGGAAAUUACUCAAAAUAAUUUUUUUAAUAAUCAUUCAAUUUUGUUGCAGCAGUAUCAUAAGCUCCUGAUUUAAAUGCAUCAUAAAUUGGAUUAGCUAUGUUUAUCUAUGGAUAAAUUUCAUAAAACACAAAAUCCACUAAUAAAGAAGUAGAGCAAUCUUUAAUUUUAAAUUUCAAAUAAUAAAUAGAUCAUUUUAAGUCAGGUGAUCUUAAACAUUUCUCUUUUGGUUUAAUACUUGCUAGAAUACAAAGAAAGGAUAUAUAUGAUUUAUUAGAAAAACAAAGUUUAGUAACUGAGAUGGAAAUUUAAGAUUUAAUUAGGUAUAUAUAUAAUUCUUAUAUUUUAAAUAUAGAGUUGGCACAGGAAUAGCAUUAUUUGGUAAUGGAUCACCUGAAUUUUGGAAAUUAUUGGAAGAAUAAGCUAUAAAGAAUAUCCCAACAACAGAACCUUAAAAUAUUACAACCUUAUUUAUGUUAUAUAAACAAUUUGGACAUGGAACAUUUGAGAUUUUUAAACUCUUUGAAUAAUAAUUCAUUGAAAGAUAUGACUAAUUUAAUCACCUUAUGAAAUUACAAAUGUUUUCAAGUUUUGCUAAAAUUAGAUACCCUUCUUCUGCUAUAUUUAAACUCUUUUUCAGAGAUAUUGUUGGUAUAAUUUAAAAUGUUAAUAUUACAGCAGUUUAAAUGUUAAUUUUUGAUUGUUAAAAAGUAAGAAAAUAAAUCUAUAUAAUUUAGAUAUUCCCUUAGUUUCCUAAACAAGUUCAACAAUUCUUUAUUAAUUUUAUCUUAAAACAUUAUUAAAAGUUUAAUCCAGUCAUAAAGUCAAAACUCUAUGAUUCAUUUUAAGAAUAAUAAUUAUUGACAGAGGAAUUAGAAGUUGCAUUAUUAAAAAAAAAAUGA